AUGGGAUUUUUUGCGGCCGGUAGGCGACCGUCGCCCGCCGCUGCCGCGCGUCCCGCCGCCGCUGCGUCCGCCGGCAGCGACCCUCAGAAUGGAUUGUCUUCCUCCCCGUCUUUUUCCUCUUCGUCGCGUCUGCCUGGAGCAGCUUUCGUGCCUUCGAACGCGCUGAUGUCCGCGGCACGGCGUGCACGCAGAGGCCCAGGCAGCACUCACGAGCAGGCAACAGACGAUGACAGAAGGGAGCUGCCAGAUGAAGGAAAACAGGGUGACGGAGCAACGAGCUUGCACGUUCAUGCCGUGAAGGAUGUGGUUAGGGCAGUGGGGAGCGAGGGGAGUGACGGAGGACGCGGGCUGCAGUCUCAGGUCGACCCAGCCGAGUGCGAAGUUCGAGGCGAGGCCGUGCCGAGAGCUAUGGGCGAGGGAGACAGAAAGGAGAGAGACAACCAGAGCGUCCGGAAGCGCCUGCGCGACGAACGAGCAGCUGCACCCCCGCUGCCUCUUUGCCUCGCUCCGCCGCCGUGUCUUGCCUUCCCUCCGACGCAAGACAUCGCUUACUCCCUUGUCCAGCCUUCAAAGCCCCCUGCCUCAGCAGUGCGCGCGUACUUUGCGAGCCUCUCUAUCGUCGGACCAGAGGCGCUGCUUCAGUUCGCGGACGGCUGCGCACUUCAGUUUGCGAGGGAGAGAAGACGGAGACAGAGGCGUCUCCUCUCCCUGUCGAGCGAAGAGCUGACGGAUGCCGCGCCCUCCUCGCCUCGGCUGCGUGUCCGUGACGCCUGCUCGCACUGCCGCGGCGAGACCGACCAGGCGUCGACCUUCCGCUUCGCAUCCAGUCCACGGGAAGGCGCGGCCCCUGCAGACGGUCGGAGUGACAGCCCGCCUGCAGAGACACUUGGAGACAGGGCGCAUGAGUGUGGCGCCCCAGGAGAUCGGACCGGCGCUGCGGAGGCGCCUCUACUUUUAUCCGCCGCGCGCGCCGAGUUCGUCUGUGCUGCGCGCUUUUCGCCUUUAGCGCCGCCAGAAAAGGCAGGGAGCUCGCCGCGCAGGGGGGGGUUCGCAACUGGCGCGCGAGACAUGACCGGCACCGGCGGACACGAGAUGCAGCAGAUAGCAGAAACAGACUCAACUGCGCACCACGCCUCGUUUUCCUGGGUGGACGAACGUGUUUUUCUACUGGCGCUUUCGCUGCAACGGCUGCCUUCCGUCGUCUGGACGCGAUUCUCUGGCGCGCUUCUUGCAAUACGAGACACUCAGCGCCUCUCGUCGCCCGGCGCGUCGCCCUCUUGUGACUGCCGCCUCCGCAUAGGUCCCCGUGCGCGUUCCUCGCCUUCGCUGGAGCGCCUUUACCCGGAUCCUCCACUGACUGCGUCGCUGUCACCUCUGGCGCGCCAGUCGUCUGAGCCCGCGAGCGCGCCGCACAGUGGCGGGUCCCCCGCCGGGCCCGUGGGCGGGGAGCCGCUGCGCUCAACGACCGCGCUCGGAGCCGAGGAGAGAGGGGGGACGGGGACCGCGACGCGGCUCGAAGCGGGGGCACCGCCGGAGGCUUUUCGAUCCUCGGUCGCCGUCGGUGCGGGAGUCGCGCGAGGAGCGGCGACGGACGAAUGGGCUCCCACUUGGACUGAGCGCGGACCGUUCUCGGGGUCGCUGGCCGCGCAGCCUGACCGAACCGCUGGCAGCGACGGACGGGCCGCGCAGGGGUUUUCCGACCGGCGUUGUAUGGGCGAGAGACCUGGAGGAGAGGCCACGGCCUGUGCCCACGCGCUCUUCGCGAGGACUGUCUACAAGCGACGCCUGGGCGGAGGCGCACGGUUGGGUAUGCAGCCGGUGUUGACUGAGCGUUUUGCACGGAUGCCUCAGGAGAGCCUGGCGCACAAGAAUUUCCCAGCCGCGGUUUCUUCGUCCUUCUCGCCCUCUCCUCCGCCGGCGCCGUCCGGAGGAGCUUCGCUCUCUUCGGCUUCGUCGGCUGCCGCCUGCGGCGGGACAGACAGGGCCGCGGAGGGAGCGUUCGGCAGCGAAAGGGAGAGACGAGAGAAGGCAGCUCGCGCUGCGCUCGGAGAGGCCGCAGCGCCCGUGUCUGAGGGAAGUCACCGGCGUGACGGCACCGAGGCGAUAGUCGCCCAGGAACAAGGUCGCAUGCAGCGCUUGUGUGGCAAGAGACUGGACACGGGCGGCGACGGCGGCUGGGGGCGACCGCGCAGUCGGAGAGGCAGCUUCAGGGAACUGACAUUUCCUUGCAGUCGGCGAGAACGCGAGGCAAGCGGCCAAGGAGGUGUGGCGGCGCAUUUCUGUCUCGUGGCGACACAGCAGCCAGAGUGUGACUUCCUCUAUUUGCCUGACGUUCCUCCCUUUGAUUUUGCGUUGUUGGACUCCUCCGCAUCUUCGUCGUCGCUGACUGACCACAGAGGCGUGAUUCUACCCUCAAGGCUGCUGCUGCGAGGGAGUGCGUUCUGGAGCCGACUCCAGCGACCUUUGGAGGCAUGCAGUGAUCCUGGGCACGCCGCCGAGCAGAGACGACAAGCGGAGGGUGCGCGGCUUCGAGACUUUCUUCAAAGUCGGAGGAAGAGAGCCGAGCGCGCUUCGCUUCUUUCUGGCUUCCUCUCCGCAUACGCCCAGAAUCCGCUUUUAGGAAAUGCGCAUUCACACUACGAGGACGAGAGCACUUCGCUGCGUUUUCUCUUUGAGUGGGCUCAAACAGGGAAUGCGGCGAGGCGCGCGGCCCUGCUUCUCUCCAGGGCGCACGCGAUCGGCUCGCCGUCCUGCUCGCCCUUAGCCUCGUUGUCGCGUCCUCCUGUGUCGCCUCAGCGUAUGUCGGUGACUACGGAGUCUGCGACCGCCUUCGAGUCAAACGGUAUGUUUCAGGCGAAGUCGCUUCCCCCCUCGACUAGCGGGCAGGGGACGGCGAUUGCCUCGGCCUUUCUCGACACCCUCGUCGUCCACUGGCUCCGCUGUCUCUUGGCGAGUGCGACCGCGGUCGCGGCCCUGUCGAAGAGCCCGUCGGCAGUCCCCGGCGCGGUCGCGGGGCGGGCUGCAGGCGCACCACACGCUUUCACUUCUCCCGAGAGCGACCAGACAGCGGUGCCUCCGCGAAGCAUGUGCAACGAGGCCGAGAGGGCUCAAGCCGCUGCAGGCCUCUCCUGCCGCCCGCCACGCUCGCCCGCAUUGCCCACGUCUGUUUCGCCUUCGAAUUCUGGUUCGCCUUCCGCCACGUAUGUGUCUGCGCAUGAGACGGUGGGGCGAAUAUGCGGCCUUGCAGCGUGUCUCGCCGGCUGCCUGCAACUCGGCGUUUUGCCGCCGGCUGCCGCGACCUCGCCAGGGUCUGCGUUCGCGUCCUGCCUCUUCUCCCUCGCGUCGCUCUUGACUGGGGAGCUGCAGCCGCAGCGGCUCGCCACCUGCCUGCUUGCCACUGUGUUCUAUGAACUCUACGUGUCGUCUUCCAACGCGGCUCUCACUUCGUCGCGCGGAAAUUAUUCUGCUUCGCCUGCCUCCGCGGGCCCUUUGCCUCGUUUCGCUGUGUCUUCAGUGUCGCCGGCGGGCUCGUCGGCUCUGUCGGCGUCUGCGGCUUGGGGCGUGAGCCAGGUGGUUGACGCAGAGGGCGCAGCGGAUGUGCGGGUCUCACAGUUCUUUUCUCAGUGCGUCCCGGCGCUGCUCCACAGCUGCGCAGGCCGCCGUCAAUGUUUUCUGCUGAUCCUGGUCCUCUCUGAACUGCGCGACGUGGCGCUGCUCUUCCUCGCUGCGGUACACACCCUCCUGCCUCCCCCCCGUCUCCUGCUCCCCAACUGUCCCUCUUUAGUUGCCCCCCUGCAAACUCCGGGCCUGAGGGGCUCCGCGCCACACCUGCUGGUGGAGAGUCUCGGCGCGAUCUUGGAACAUGAACUCGUUCUCGCGCUGCGAGGCCUGCGCAACUCGUCCCGCCGCAUGCCGCGCAAGCGGAUGACGGCGUCGGCUGCGCGUCCUCACGCAGGCGAAGCGAGUAAACACAUGAAACACGCUGCGGCAACGACUGCAUCCCGGCGCCAGGCUUCGCUUCCGGCCUCCCGCUGUCACUCCUCCUCGCCGUCCUCCCCGCCCUCCUGCGCCUCUCCCACUUCGCCGUCGUCGGGUUCCCCGUCAUCGCCGCUCGACUGGGCUUCGUCGCCCGUGUGUCUCCUCGACGCGAGAAAGGCGGGUGCGUUGAGCGCGGCCGCGGUCGCAUCCGCUGCCAGGUCGCUCAGCACGCGCGUUUGGGGCUGGUGGGUCGAAGGCGUUUUCCUCCGCACCGCGUUGGCAGUUUCGCUCUCGCUUCCGCUGAACGUGCCUGUAGCCGCAGUCGCGCCGCCAAGCUCCUCCGUCUCUCGGCUCGCUACGCCCAGAAAUGACCCAGAUGACGCGAAUGCUUUGGCUGAGAGAGGACGUGGAAGACGGAGGAGUAUGGACAACCCAGCGCUGCGGCCUGCGGAGGGAACGGAGCUGAUGCGCGCGUGGGUGGAGGUCGUGAGGCGCGUGAGCGUUGCGCUCAUACAGCAGCAGAGAGACGCGGCUCGCGCGGCCGCCGGAAGAAAACGCAUAUCCCGAUUCCGUGCCGAACUCCUCAGGCAUAUGCCCCGGCAGUUUGGCCUGCCACCGUCUCCGCGUCUGUCGCUCACGCCCUCGUCGUCGCCGUCGUUCCGUUCGUCUGCCUCGUCGGGCUCCAUGCACGCCUCCCCCACGUGGCGCAGCAGCCCGUCCCAGACGAGCCCGCGGCGGCUGCUGAGGCAAGCUGGGCGAAGCAUGUUGCGGAAUUCGGAGGCUGCGAGGGCAGCGACAGGCCUUAUGGACCACCGCUGUCGUCUCCUCUUUUUCGCAGGACUCUCAGUGGCUGGGCAUCUGCCCUCGAUAAUGUCUGCUGUCUUCGACUGCCAUGAGAAUGCGCCCGUAGCCGCGGCCUGUGGGGCCGGCAGCAAGAAAGGGGACGAGCGUUUGACAGUCGAGCCGCUUCUGUCCUGCGAGUCAGAUUCCGCGGAACUCUCUCCACCUGCGCUCAAGUUCCUCUCCUCGCUUCUUUCGUCUUUCUCUGAGUCACCCUGGAAUUCCUUCGCUUCGCCGCUGCACUCCUCCGCUCUCGCCUGCUCACUUGCCUCCGCCCGCGACUGCAGCGCAGACAGCCCCCGAGACGGUGACUGUGAAGCGGCGGAGUGCCUGCAGAAGAAGCGCUGGACGAGGAAGCGACCGCGGAGCGCCGCCUGCGACAGGCUCAUCGCGUGCGGGGUCCUCGGCUUGCUCGAGGGCGUCUCGCAGACUGAAGUCGCCUGCGCCGCCGCAGAGGAGCCUGCGCCGCGGCAGGAGUCCCGCAGGAGCGCCCGAAGUGGGAGUGAAGGCGCCGACGCGGCCGAGGGACUCGACGACGCAGGGCCACAUAGCGGAACCUUCUUCAUCUUCGAGGCUGUGCUGGAAGACAUGCUUGUGCACAAGUGCUGCCGGGUGCUUCUUGAUCUCCUUCGUGCGACUACGCCGCUCAAGCGAGCGGAGCUCGUCUCCCUCCUGGUUUUCCUGCUUCGUCUGCUUGACCUGCAAAUCCGCUUCUUGGCUCGUUUUCUGGCUUCGUCGCUCUUCUGCGCCUCCGCCUUGCCGUCGGCACGCGGGCUCCGCCCCGCCACGCCUGCUGUGGGAUCGGGCGCGCCGCGUUCGUCGCUGCCGCUUCGAGGCAGAUCCGUCGCCCCCGAAGGAAGCGUCGCCGACGCCGCGGAUCCGCAUGAGCCGAGGCGCCAUGCAGGCGAGGGAGGAAAGCCGCCUCAAGUUGUAGGCUUCGACCUUGAGAGUGAACCGCAUGACGCAGGACGCGAGCCGGCACAAGCAGACGUUCGCAGAGGAGACACCGGCCGUCUCGCGCGCGCGACCUCGGAGGAAAUCCGCGGGUACAGGCAACCGUGGUAUUGUCGCCUUCUGAGUGAAGAGGCGCGGCGGGACCCAUCUGCCGGCGGCGCCAUCUUUGACGACAUGCCUGGCCUCCUCUCCUGCAUCGCGCUUCUCCUCGCGCGCUUCCUCAGCUACGAGCGUCAGCGCUUCGGCGCCACCGCGGCAUCUUCACCCGGCCCUGGGGAACCGUUCUCGGCUGAGCUCGGACAUGUGGCGACUCUCGUCAGAGGGUUGUUCUAUCAGCUGCUCCGCCUCUGCUGCAGCGACGGCUGGCGCUGCGCCGUCUCUUCGCCUUCGCCUCGCGCGUCUUGCACGCUGUUGUCGUGCCUCUCCAGCCGUCGGCUUGACGCCCAGAGAGAGGAAGAAGUCGGCGCGCGCGAGCGAGCUUCUGGGCGCUCGUUGCGCCUCCGCAGCUUCUCGUCUUCACACUUGACGCGGAGACGAACGGCGGGGCAUGACGCGGAGCGAGCUAAGCGAGGCGCCGAGACGUGGCGUUCGAUAGGCGAAGGCGCAUGUAGCGAUGAAGAUCGGAAACACCGCUGCCGGGACGCAGAAGCGGCCCUGGAAAUAACGUGCUGGCUUGCCAAGACGUUUCAGGCUGACGUUUUGUCGCAGCUGAUUCAGUUUGCACACGCGGGUGAAGGGCGGCAGAGGCUGAAGGCAAAGGCCCCAGUCCCCGCGGCGCUCGUGCAGAAGGAGGUGCUGAAGACACAACUCAUCACACUCUUUCAGCGCUCGCUGUUUGUCGCCAUCGCGUCGGCGCUUCACUGCGCGGCACGGGUCUCUUGCGGACCUCUCUGCGCCGCGCCUGCGACGCAGGGGGCGCGCGGUGUCAACGCGAGCGCCAGCGAGCACGCCAGCCGAGACCGGCGUGGAACGGAGCGCCGAGAGGGGUGCCGGCAGUCUGCGCGAAGCGAGGAGAUCUCCGAGGGCGCAGCAGAGGCGCCGUCGUUUGCGAAAAAGUGCCGGUUGUCGCUUCUGCGCCUCUUGGGCAGGGCCAGGCUCCCUAGUGCGCCAUCCGUCGCGGACGUGGGGACACAGAGCAGCUCUGUGAGCAUGUUGCCGGCACCCGCCGGAGCCCUGAGGGGAGGCGGGGGGGAGCGGCGCCCCGGCGCCUCGCGGCUAGCGGCUGGCGACUGCGGACUCACCCGGACGAGUAGUCGCGAGGAGGAGGCGGCGGCGGUCUCGCUGUUUGGAGACGAAGGCGGCGAAUACGGCCUUUUCCUGGAUUCGUGGGGCUCGCCUCACGUGGAGGGCUGGAGUCCGCACGGCCCUCCUGCUAUUCAGCCGUUCGCGCCUGCCCUCAAAGCGGCAGCGGCCUUCGUCGUGCGUGAGCAGCUUUUCCUCCUCGGGCACUCGCUGACGGCAUCUUCGUCUUCUUCGGCCUCGCUCUCCUGCUCGGCGGCGCCUUCGCUGUUCGCGAGACUUCUGUGCUCCGUGGACUGCGUCGACGCAGAUGCCGGCCGCGGCGCGUGCGCGCCAGGACCCGCACCGGCGACUCGCCAGCCCAGAGCCCCAGCGCCCGCUGGAGCAGACGGAGCCGCAGAAAGAGAAGAGGGAGACUCAUUCAGGGUAGACGUAUCCCGACAGGCGCGAGCGGCGACGAAGGCAUGCCGGCAAGCAGCCGCGCAGAUUUGGUUGCUCGUCGCGCGCGAGCGCGUGGGCGCGCUCCUGGGCGCUGCCGGUGCGGCGGCGUCCGCGUCGUCGCGUACCUCAGCAGCAUCUGCGUCACAGCUCGUUCGCCUGCCUUCGCUUCCCACGCUGCCGAUAUGCAGCAGCUUGUCUUCGGCGUCCUCGCUGGCGGCGUCGUCGCGCUCGCCGCCGGUCUCGCUCGGUGUGCAUGCCGUCGCUGAGGGCGACGCGACAGCCUCGGUGCGGCGCCGGAGCUCGCGAGAUUCUCUCGCGGAAAACGUGCGCCCGCGAGUUGAUGCCGCGCCGAGCCCAGGGCGAACAAGAAGCCGGGAGGCAAGCCAGGGGCGGGGCGGCGAAGCGACUGAGAAUAAGGCAAGCGCCUGGCCUCCAGGCCGCGAGCUGCGGCUAAAGCUGCUGAGGCGCGUCCACGCCCUAUGCCAAGAAGAAGGGCUUCUACAGCUCGCGGCGUGCCUCUCGCCCUGGAGCCUCACCGCGGAAGACUGCAAAGAGGGCAUGGAGCAACGGGAAGCGCACGGAGGCCACGACGAAGCGAACGGGGACGGAGGGAACCAGGCGGAGUCCAGGGACCAGCGAAACGCUGAGAGCCGGCAGGGCGAACAGAGAGGCUCGAAGGAGAAGCCAGACGCGCGGGAGAAGGAGACUGCAGCCGCCGAUCUGCCCCAGGAGGUUUGGCUCCCCUUCUCAGUCUUUUCGUGGGAGGACUGCGAGAGGGCGCCGACGCGCAGACACGUGCUGGAGCUGCUGAGGCAACUGCUUUCCGCCAUGAUCCCCGACAGCGCCCGACGUCUCGCGGAGCGUCUCUCGCUGCCGGCGCUGUGGACUGCAGUCGCCGCCCAGCAGCUUUUUCAGCGCCGAACGGAGCAUCUGUGUAGCUGCUCGGUGGCGGCGUUCUCAGCCUGUCUCCUCGGGUCUUCGCGCCUGUCUCUCGCGAAGCUUCAAGCGACGCAGCCCUCCACCGAGCCGCCAAACCGCACCGAAGCACGCGCUCUCUUCCUCCUUCAAGAGAAGCUCGCAGAGAUCGCUGCUUCACGGUGGCUGGAGCGUCUCGAGCGCGGGAGCGCGAAGGCGUCCGCUACUGCAGGCUGGUCGCCGCGCUCUUCAGCGGCGCCGCGUCCUUGCGCGUCCGCUGCCGAGUCCUCGAUUCGCCCUCCGCUCUCGCCUUCGUCAUCAUUUCCGUCGGCGGCGCCGGUUGCCAUGCAGACCCGCGGCGGAGAGCCCGCGCUUGUCUUCGCCUCUCUGAUGGGCGUAGGGCAGGCGUGCGGCCUUCUUUUGCGGACGCUCCAAGAUCUUGUGUCUCUCUCCGAAGCCCCGUGCGCCCUCAUCGCCGCGCUGUGUGACUCGCUGGGGGGCGGUGCGGCGCCGCGCGCGUCUUUAUCGUCCCCUCGCGAUCCCUUCGCAGCGCCGCUCGCGGCGAUCUGCAGUGGUUCUGGCCUCGGCGACGUUCAUGAUGAACUAUGGAUGAAACAAGAGACUGUCCUUCGCUUCCUGCGGAGACUCUUCCGGGCUACGCCGUCGCUUCUGGACUCGGUGGAUACCCUCUCUGCGCUGAUGCAGACCUUCUCCGCACUCGGCGAGUCGCUGCUGCUCGUGACGACUUGCGUGGACCGACUCUCCGCUUCGGCGGGCGAAGGAAGCACAACGUCCCCGCGGGCGCGCAGGGGCGGCGACAUGCGCGCCGCGCUUCCCGGCCUGUGCUCACCGCCCACGAGUCUCGCGUUCCGCCCCUUCUUUCCGCUUCCCACGCAGCCUCGCGUGCGCGCGUUUGCGGUGUCGCGAGCUCCGCGCUUCUUGUCGCCGGCCUCGUCUUCGUCGUCUUUCUCCGCCUCGUCGUCCGGUGCCCACGUGCCGGGCUCCAGCACGGGCGAGGGGUCGUUGCUUCUCUCCUCGCCGCCUGGGAAAGUGCGCUCGGCGUCGCCCUCGGCCUCGCCUCUCCACGCCGCCUCCUCGCUUGCCUCGUGUGCGCCGUCCGCGCCCGACGGGAGUGCGAAGCCGGCCGCUGCGUCUCUCCUGACUGGCAGCGAAUGCUGGCGAAGCAGCUGCGAGCGCAGCGACGAGGAGAGCGUGGAAGGCCGAGGCACGCGCCACCACAGCGCCACUGGCCACCUGCCUCAGCUGGAAGUCGGCUUAAGUGACGGACUCGCCCAGGCGCUCCAGCGGUUUCUCCUCUCGCUUUUCGCUUCGCUUCGAAUGGUCCUCGACAGACUCGCCUUCGUUGUCUGGCGAACGCGCUCGCGCGGCGCUCGGCAUGGCGAUGGCGGCGCCACGAUUUCGUCCCUCGUCUUACUCCUUUCGUUUCUUCUCUCCGCGAAGCGCGGCAUGUCACGGUGCCGGCAGAUCGCCGACCUGGCGCUCCUCAGCGGCGCGACGUCGUCUCGCGGAUGUCGUCUGUCUUCUUGCGCGUCUGCGUCCUCCGCGUCUUGGCUCGCGCACGCCGCCGCGCUGCCGCCGGUCCUCCUUGUGUUUGAAGCGUCGACAGCGACGCGUGUUCCCGGGGUGGCGAGCGGCGCAGAGCGGCGUCCCGCACCCAAGUCGCGGUCGGCGUCGCCGCGGGAGUUCCUCAAGUUCAUGUCUCCGCGUGAGCUGUCGCCGCCGCCGGCGCCCUCGGGUGCGCGCUUCCCGUCUCUAUCGCACUCCCUCCGCUUUCUCGCUGGCGAGAGAACCCAGGCGCCGUUUUCCGUCGCGGAGGCGCGAGAGCAUGGAAAACCUGAACGCGAGGGGUGCGACGGCGGGAUCGACGGCGGACUGGUACGAGACGCAGAGGCCGAAAAGGCGGACGACGAGCCAGAGGAGGCGAGCUUCUCGUUUGCCUCUUCGCCGCACCAGACGGCGUGGAGUUCGCCCUCUCCGCCGGGCUUUCUCUCUUCACUUUCCCCUGCGUCGCCGCCUCCAUGCGGGUCGUGCCCGCUCGCGCCUGCGCGGUUGUUGGUAGAAGAAGGAGACGAAGGCCUGUCGAGGCAGUUGCUGCUGCUGGCGAGGCAGCACGGAGGAAAGCCGUUCGUUGUCGGCGAGGACGAGCGAGUCCGCAGAGCCAAGCAGCUCUUCUUCGCUCCCUGCACCUGCUUCCGUUGCUCGGCGGCGUCCGACGCCUCACGCGUCUCCUCCUCGCAGCUUCGCUGGCAGUCCGCCUUCGCGUCGCCAGAGGCCAUGAGCCACGCAAGAGACAGCGCGGAGGCAAGACGCCACCUGGCAGCGCCGCCGAUGGAGCAGGAGGGAGCGGGUGCGGAGACGGGGGAAGAAGGCGCUGGCGACUUCCUAGAGUCUUGUCAGUUGAACGGGGGCCCUCUGGCACUUGUCAUCCCUCUUCCCUUCUGUGCCGCUGCGGGCGAGCCCGUCUCCACGCGUAUGCCUGUGCCACGGCUUUCGACGCGGACCGGCAAGGGCGCCGAGGAGGCGCAGCUGGAGCCCUGCUCGCAGCCGUCCUCGUCUUCUUCGGCUUUUCCGGGCGCAGCGCCUUCGCUGCAUCGCUUAAAAAAUGCUGAAAAAGCAGAGCGUGGCCGCGAAGAGCCGCGAGGCGCGGAAGGCAGCGACCGCGACGAACACGCGGGAGGGCUGCGCGGGCGCGCGACAGCGCGCGACAGCUGGGAAGCGCGGGACGGCGCAGAGAGAGAGGGCGUGGCAGCCUCGCUGGGUGGUCAUCAGGCUGAGACGCAGAAAAGCAACUCGGAAGGCGCUCCCAGGUUCUCCGUGUUUGCGCACGAGGAGUCGCUGUGCGCCGACGCAGCUUCCCUCAGCGUCAAUGGAGAGCUGGCGCCCAUCCAGAGCUUCAACUGGGGGUUGCGCGAGGACGCGACCGAAGAGACCCACUCCGGUCGCGGACCGGAGGCGCCGGCGGGGGCGGGUGGCGAGGCGAACCCAAGCGGCUCUCGCGUCACAGAGACUCAGGGCAGAGAGUGCCUCGGAGGGAGGGCAAGAAGACAACGAGAGACGGGCAAGCGGCGGGAGGAAGAAGAGAAGACGCGCCUGCUGGAUCGAGGCCGCGACGCACCGCGGCCUCGGGUCCGGAAGCCUUUUGGAUUCUCGUUUUUACCCUUCACCCCGCCAUCCGCAAACGACCACCACCACCACCCCUCGCGCUCCCCCACCGUUGCGGACGCAAUCGGCAAGCGGACACGCGACGUCCUCAGGACGGACUUCGCCCCGCGCGUCCUCCGCAUUUAUUUUCACGGCUUCUUGGCGUUGCCUCCCGCGUCUUCCUCCGCUUCCCUACAGACGCCGGGGUCGCCGGGUGCGUCGUCGCCUGCGCCGGCGCACGCCACUCCGGAGCCUCUUCUCUUCUCGCCCCCGCCUGCCGCAGCCCUGCCUCCGCACGUCGCGGCGUAUGUUCAGGAGGUUGUCCGCUCUAUCAGUGAGCGCGAGCGCCGCAGGCGAGAGGAGGCGCGUCAAAGACUCGACUUUGGCGAGCGCUUCGCCUUUGCGUUUCUGCUUCAGCUUUUUGGGGUCUCGAUGCGGCUCGAGUCCGCCGCGAAGAAGCGGGAGCCGCUCGACUUGCUGCGGCUCGCCACGCGCCACAAGAUGCACCUGCAGAGUCUGCGUGAGACGGCGGCACCCGCGAAUGCAGCCGGCGCGUUUUGCGACGCAGGGAAAUUCGAAGAGGCCUGCGAGCGCCAGCGCCGGAGAAGCGAAGCGCGGAGAGGCCUAUGGGAGUGGAGGAGGCGCUCUGCCGACGGCGAGCGGGGCACUGAAAAAACGCCGAGAGAAGCGCUCGUUGCACACUACUACUUCAGAUCACAGAUCCCGCGGAAGGCCUGCGCCCAAGUGCCAGACGCCGCGGACGAGCCAGCGGAGCCGAGAAGCGCGACCAGCCACAAAUGGGGCUUCGCAGGCGCCGAGAAAGUCGCUGCAGCUGCCCGUCCACUGCUCCGCAGGUCCGUCUCCGACGAUGCAGUGCCGAGAUCGCUCGCCCAGAGCGUCGCUGAGGCGUGGGAAGGAGACUUUCCGAACCCGCAUGCCAAGAAGGCGUCCGACGCGGAGAGGCGACGCGGGUGUCGAGGCGGCAGAGGCCUCGCACCUGACGCAGACGAAGCCAAAGAUUCUCCCCCCGCAGCCGACAGCGACGCGCGUCGCGCAGCUGGAGGACAGGCGCCGUCGAUCGGGUGGCCUUGGGUAUCGUCCACGCUGAAUGCGCUCGUGGAUGAGUUUGUGUUUGCCGCGCCGCCGUCCUCACUUCCGGCCUCCAGGGCGCGCACGCUGCCUGCCUGCGGUUCGCCGAAGCACGGCCUGAGGCCCGACAACUCUUGGGCCUCCGACGCCCCGUACGCGUGCCUGGCACCUGCGUCCUUCUCCUCAUUCGCCUUCAUUUUCUCCCGCGAGACCCUGGCGACGAUCUGCUGGCAGCUGCUGCUCUCCGGCGUGCCUCAGCUCGCCCCAUAUUUUGGCUCUGCUGCGCCGAUGCAGAGCGCGUCGCCGCCUCUCGCCGUCGUGGCGCCAUCUGCGGCGGUGUCUCCGGGGCUGGCGGUCUCACGUUUCGCGUCGUCCUCCGCGGCGCCGCUCCUUCGCUGGGGGACUGGCUCGGCGCUUGGCGAGAGCACGGCGUCUGAAAGCGACGCGAGCGGAGAGAGCGGCAUGGAUCAAGGCGACUGGCGGCACCUCGGCUCUCAUACGUCUCCUGGUUUUGCGCACUCUGUGUCGUCUUGGUCUCCGGCAUGCGCGGACGCGUCCCCCGUGUUCUCCUUUCCCCCGCCGCCCCCCGUUGUCGCGCCAUGUGCAGCGGAAGGCUCGGGGCUGAGUCUCUUUUUUCAGGCGCUUCUGAUUCGAGCGGUCACUGCAAAGCGGCGAGGCGAGCGAGAGGGGGGACAGGGGCGCUGCGAAUGUGAGAUGUCACGCGACACCAAAGACUCACGCGCCUACGUUCCUGCGCGUCUCCCGAUGGCAUUUGCCUCUUCCGCUCAUGCCCAGGAAGCCUCGCAUACUCUCAGGCUCCUCGCAAGUCUGCUCGAGCCGUCUGCCGCGUGGCUGGCAGCCUCCCCGGCUUCAGACGGUCUACUCGUCUUGUCCAGAGACGCGGCCAGGCGCGCAGAGGACGGAGGCGACGGCGCGUCCACGGCGGGAUUCGCGCGCGCGGCGGCGCGAGCCUUUGCGUCGAGACAGGAGGAUUUCUCGAGGCGGAAGGAGGCGAUCGUGGAAGUGUUGAGUCUGCACGCCUCGUCGCUGUUCAGUCUGUUCUUCUCCUCUGCGUCUGCGCAGCUGGAAGAGGCCGAAUGUGACGCGGCACAAGCGACAGGGCCCUUCCAGGGCGCCCGCGGUGGAGGAGGACUCAGCGCCAAGCUCGCGGGCAAGGCAGACGUCCGAAGAGGCAGCAGCAAGGACAUGGUCUCAGCCGAAGGCUCGUUUGGGGGUCUCCAGGACGCUCGCGUCGCCUUUUGUGGUUUAGGCCCGCGGAACGCACCUGCGGGGGUGUGGGCGUCUCCAGGCUCAGACGCGGAGGCAGCCUGCAGCCACGACGCGAACGAAGCAGACAGACGGGCGGCGGCUGCACCGGGGAGGAGCGGCAGCAGAGUAGGACAAGGCGCCGAGCGACACGUGUCCUACUCAUGGACACCUGGAAGCUGGCGAGACGCGGCCAGCGAUGAGCUAGUGGAGUACAAAGGCACCGCCUGCUCCAUGCGUCAUCCGGGGGCGCCGGGCUCUUCAGGCGGCCUGUCUAGGUGCUGCGGUGCCUCGCGUGCGCGGCACGAUGGAGAUAUCCAUCGAAAAAAGAUCCUGGAUUUCGGGGCCUGCGCCGCGGCUCUCUCCCCCGGUGAAACGCUGCUGUGGCUGGCCGCCGCCGCGUGGACUGCUGCGCUAACGACUUUCUCAUCCUGCGCAUCGUCGCGCAUCUCGGCUCACGAGCUGAUGGAGGUCGCGCUGGCGGCUCUGGAGCUCCUUCGCGGCGUCUGUGCCCUGAGUCAGGAACCUGGCUUCCUUUCGCUUGCGCUCCCUGUAUGGACGUGGUUUCGCGUGAUCAGCCAGCAAGAAGGAUUCCUGCGCGAUGUCUUAGCGGAGCCCUCAGCUGAAACGGGAGCAGAGUCCUGCGGGGCGACGCAGACUUGUCACACAGCACAGGCAGCCCGGAGACAUUCCUGUGCGACGCACUCCGCGCCUGCCUCGACUCACUCGCUUCCGUCGAGCCUCGCUACGGCCGACACGCCUCUGCGGAAACCACCAGUGAGCGACGAGGAGGGCGGCAUGCGCCGCGCAGACAGUCUCCGCGCAACAGAAAGCAAUCGGAGCUCAGUCCUCCUGGCGUGCGCCUCGUCACAGCUUCCGGCCGCGUCGUCUGCCGCCUCUUCUGAUGAACAGUCUCUUGCGUCUCCUCGCGCAGGUCGCGCGGCUCCUCCACGCGCCUCUGCGUGGUCGCGCCUGCUUCGCGCCUUCUCUCUCCCUCACUCGUCUUCGACGUCGAGUCGUCCGGUCUCUGGCUGCCCGUCGCGCGCCGCGGAGACUGUGGCGCUGCAUGCAGCUCUAGGCGACGACGAAAUGGCCUUCUUUUCCGCGCUUCUCUGUUCGACGUGGACCAGCGUCGUCCACGAGAGCUUCGCCGGGCAGAAGGACUUUCUCCUCGACUUGGAGGCUACCGAGAGCUUUCUGAGAGCCCAGGAGCCCGCGACGCCCCUCGCGGAAGUCGACCCCGCGGAGCUCGACUCGUCGUCGCCCUUCAACAUGUCUGCGUAUUGGGGCGCGACGGCCGUCUCCCGCGCGGGGAAAGGCGCCUACGCGCACCGCCUGCUCCCUCUGAUGCAGCGCGUGCACCGCGACACCCUGGUCGCCUCCUUUUUCCUCUCGCGCAUCGACCCCCUGCCCUCCGCGCUACUCGCGGCUUCGCCGCCCUGCUCUCCGGCCCGCGCCGCGCCUUUCCUCGUGCGAGAGACUCGCCUGGCGGCUGGGCUCUUCGCGCUGCAGACGGCCGAGCGCGCGGCGCUGGGCGCUGCGGUGACGUCGGUCGCCGCCGCAGCGAAGAGCACGCGGCGCGCGCAGGAGUGCAUCAGGUCGGGCGGCGACGCGUCGGCCUGGAGCACUUUGAAAUCAAGUUUCUUCUCGCUCUUCUCGUGCCGGCGGGCCGCGGCGCCGCGAUCGCGCACUGUGCCGUCCACGCUGGCGCUGCCGGAUUUUUUUCUCUUCGAUUCGGCGUCUACGGCGGAGGCAAGCCCCGCUCGCGAAGUCGGAGGCUGGAACGCAGGUCAGAUCGUGUCGCGCGUCUGUGGAGGCGGCUGGCGGAGGGCGCGCGGGCGCGACGCGGCGCGCGACUCGACGGGGCGGCGUGAGGGAGACGGCAGGACGGGACAGCACACCGCGAAGAAGCGUGCGCAAGGCACCCGCCGCCGAAGCCUCGAGCGAAACGCGGCGUUCGGCCAGGGGUCGUCCUCGCAGAAGCUCCUUGACGCGACGACCGGGCUCCUCGCUCAGGCGGAGGACGCGUUUUUGGCUGCCUCGGUCGCGGCAACCGCUUGUCUCCUUUCCUCGUCGGUGUCUCUCUCGGCUACCUGUGUCCUGCCGGUGCACAGCUUCCUGGCGAGCGUGGCGAGCCGCGCCCACGCGGCGCCGAGCUGGGGCGUGCCGCUCUCAGAGGCGCCUCCGCAGAGCUCAUCCAGUGGCGCGUCUCACUCGCCUUGGGCGAGCGAGCUUCUGCUGUUUCUGCUGCUCCAUACCUUCCGCCAGCCUCUCGCGGCGCCGCUGCCGCCCCCGGCCUCGCAGGCCCGCGUGUCACCGGCGCUGCUGGAGGCGAAGGUCACCUUUUUCUUCUCGCCUGCCUCCUCGCCGUUCGCACGCAGCCUGUCUCGCACUCCCUCGGCAGGGACGCCUGCGCCGCCCCAUCGCGCGCCCUCGUCCCCCCCCGCCAUUUCUCCUCUGCGCGCCAAGGCGGAAGAGGGACGCGCCGGCGAGGGCGGAGACGCCGCCGCCGCUGGGCGCCUUGGGUUCGCCGCGCGCCUGAGCAAGAGCGCGCGAGAGAUCGAUCGCGACAAAGUGAGAGCCGCCGAGGACAAAGAGAAGCUCUCCGUCGAUGCUGCGCAGGACACGAGAGCAAAGGCAGAGGCAGCGGAAACGCCUCGCCCGCCGUGGAGGCCGAAAGUGCCCGUCUGCUUCCCAGACAAGGCCUUCGCGUCGCCCCCCGUCGGCUCGCUCUCCUCGCUGCUGCUUCUUCCGCUGCUGCCGCCUGCAGUGGCCUCCUCGCACCCUCACGUACUCCUGGCGCCGCCGCGGUCAGGAUUACGGAAACCGCGAAAACUGCCGAAAAGCACUUCGUUGCUGGCCCCAGACUAUGCUCGGUCGCCAUUGUCCCUCGACAGGCGCGAGAGGCUUUUAGGCCGCGCGAGAAGAAGCGAAGCGGAGGCAGACAGGGGACAGUCGCUGUUGGGCUUGCGCGCUGACAUCCAGCCCUUUGGGAGGCGGAGGCGCAGCACAAAGGAGGAGACACGAGGCGGCGUUGGCGCGCCGAAGUCGCCGCGGGGGGCGACCUGCCGCUUUUCGUGCUUCUCGGCCUUUGGGAACGCCUCUAGCUCUCUUUUCCUCGCUCCGUCGUUCAUCCUCGAGAGUUUGAGCUGUGGACAAGCUUCCGCAGCUGGCGCGUGCCUCUCUGCGGCGCUUGCCGUCCUCUCGGCCGAAGGCCUGCCCCCGGGAGACGACGGCAGCGAGUCGGAGGAAGAGAGCCGCAGGCGAAGAGGCCCAAGGGACAGGGCGGUCGGAGCUCGCGACGAGGCCUGGAGCUGGGACGAGGUGGAAGAGGCCGACUGGCAGGUGGACUCAGGCGCGGGGCGGCGCACAUUCUUCAAUUGCUCCUGCGGUUGCCUUGUGUGUUGCUUCUUGCGGGCACGACAAGCGUCCGCGUGCGCAGGUGUGGGUAGCCUCCUGGCCUUCUUUCGACGGCCAACACACGAGCUGUAUCUCACCUCUUGCGCCUGUCCUCUGCAUCUCGCUGCGGCGCCCUCGCUGCUGUCUCCCGCGCUCGCUGCGGACGGCGCGAGCUGCGCGCCGCCCGACAGAGCGGAGGCCAAGAGAACGGAGAGUGAAGGAGCGCAAGGACAUCCGAACGAAAGAGAGAGGCAACACGGACACGCAGCGCCAGGUGACGGCGCCGCAGCUGUGUGCAGAGGUCUGCCUCUCUCGCGAUUCUCCUCACGCUCGUCCUCCUGCUCCGUGCCUUCCCUCCGUUUGCCGCCUUCUGCAGACGCGCCGGAGCGCCUCAUCGCCCUGGCGAAGCGGUGCAGCAGGGCGAGGGAGGACGAAGAAACGCUUGCGAGAAAGAACUUCCUUCUACUCUCAGAGUCGCUGCUUGUCCUGUUUGGCGGCUCGCCGCGCAGUGGCGCCGCGGCCUCUCUCCUCUCGCGGGGUCGCGUUCGCAAGCGCGGCGAGGAGCCGCGGCUUGCCAAGUCGGGCGCGAAGGCGACGACUGACACGGCUAUGGUGAAGCGGAUAAAAGCGAGCACGAGGGACGCCGCGGCGAAGCAGAGACCCGCGGAGGAAUGUGGCCUCUCGCUCCCGAGGUGCGACGGCCCCUGGCCGCGAGGCGACGCGUUUUUCUUUGAAGAAAGCAGCGACGACGAACGCGGUUCGCUAACCCGCGACUGUCGUGCGUGGGGUUCGGAGAGAGAAGGCCCUUCCGCGUUUUCUGCGGAGGCUGUUUUAGACUCCAACAACCGACACGCCUAUGCCGCGCCGCCGCAUCUCGCUUCGUGCCUCACUUUCCUUCCCGAGUGGCGCAUCGCCUUUGCAAUGUUUACCGGCGCGUCUCUUUCGUCGUCUUUCACACUGUUUUCGAGGUUAGAGGCGAGCGCGAUGCGGGCGCCAACGGGGUCCGCCGACGCGCAUGCGUGCCCACACUUACUCUCCGCCUUCAGCUUUACCGCCCACCAGGGCGACGGAGACGCACACGCCGCGACGCUCCUGAGGCUCGGCAGCUCUGUCGCGGCUCCGUCUCGCUGUUCCGCCGCAGCGUCGGGUGGGCGCGCGAGAUGCCGUGAGGCCGCGGCGGCGAGCCUGAACUCCGAGGCGCCUCUCUGCCUCAUUCGCUUGUUCCUCUGCGACGAAGUCGAGCGCGUGCGCGCCUGGGCUGGCAUGCGUCGGCAGGGCGCCGCGGUGCCCAAGGGUACAGGCCUGUCUCCCGCCGCAGCCAGCGAGAAUGCUCGACACAGCGGCGCGGGCGACCGCGCAGGCCUGUGCGACGCGAGCGAAAGCUAUUCCUGGGGGAACGGGGCGCGCAGGCGCAGGCGCCAGGCGGCGCGAAACGCGGAGGCGAGCCCGCGCAACCCCUCAGCGCACCCGCGGCAGACAGACGCAGAGGAGAACUCUCGGGACUCGCCGCGCGCUCAAGAAGGCGACAGCAAGCAGGACGCGAGCUCCGAAGCGAGCGCGCAGCUUGGCGGGAGGCGACUAGACGCGACUCGGAGGAAAGCAGCUGUAUGGCGGGCGAUGGGAAAGGGGGCGUGUGGAGCAAAGAGAGUCGUGUUUUUGCGCCAGCGACACAAAAAGACAAGAGCUAUGCAGGCAAUGUCCGGCGCUGCGUCACGCAUGACUGACCUCGAUACGCGAAUGUCCUGUCGCUCUAUCUUCUCUCGUUUUCCGCUAAUCCGCCGGCUGUGCCGCUGGAUCUCGCCGGCACGCUCUUCUGCCGCCUCGGUCGCUUUGCUGUCGUCUUCUCUCCGCGCGUCGGCGCUUCGCGACGGGGGUAACGGCAUCCAGCAAGCCUCCGCGCGCCGCGAAAGAGAGACCGCAACGAGGGGUGAGCCCGCGAAAGCAGGAAUCGAACGCGGGCGAAGAAGAGGUCGGCGAAGCGGUGCAGGACGAGGCAGCGUGAGAGACACGUCAAAUGUGAGACUCCGCGGCAACCUGCCCUCCUCUCGCUUCUCACUCGACAGCCUCUUCCACGGCGCCGAUCUCGCGCUCGUCGCGGCGGCCGUGCAGCGGUUCCGCUGGCCUCCGGAGGUCUUAAGAGAAAGCUCCUCGCUGCGCCUCUGGCUUGAGAAACGCGAAGGCCGCAGCUCGCUCCUGGAGAUCUGUGUGGAGUUUCCGCGGAGCGACCGGAGUUCGUCGGAGUCUGUGUUUCGUUUCCUGCUGCAUUACAUGGGCUUUUUUUCCUCUCCACCGACCGCCUCGUCGCCUGCCUCAGAAGUUGCUUCUCUCUCGUUCUUCCUCCCACCCGCCGCGUCCUCCACGCCAUCCGCGUCUUCCCCCCCACUUCGUGCCUCGGCGCCUUCGACGCUCGCCUCGCGCCUCGGCACUCUGUGCCCGUUCGCAGGGGCCUUCUCUUGGGGCGCGAAGCGGUGCAGAGGCGAGGCCGCCCUGCCGGCGUUUCUUCCUGCUUCUUCUGCGAAUCUGCUCAUCUACUCGUUUCGCUUUCCGCUCUGCUUCGUGCUCCAGUUCCUCGCGCCCGCAGCUUCUGUCGGGCUCGCCCUUGCCAUCGCCCGGCGCAUCCGCGAGUCGAAGACGACCUCUUCUGGGGCUGCAGAGCUUCUCGUGCCGUGCCUUCCACUCCACGCCUCGCCGCGCAUCGCAGCGCGACGCAGGGAGAGACGACUGUGCGGGAAAAGUCACGCGGAGCAUCUUCAGCUGCGGUGCGCCGCGGACGCUCCACCGGCGAGCGGCCGCCUGCAGCCUUUAUUCGCAGGCUGUGAGCGAGGAGGAGAGCGUGUCGCGGGAGUCGCGGAGACCAGCGGCGACGCGGGUCUCGCGCUGAGGCGAAGAGACAGGCUGCGCUGUGUGUCCAUCCUCUUUUACCGCCGCCGCGCGGCGGAGACUUGCAACGCGCGAGGGCGCGAGAUGUUGGCGCAGCGACGAAGACGGCGGCUGAAAGAGCGGCGCGACGCGAGUUCAAGCCCCGCGGCGCCAUUCUCCUCGCCCUCGAGUCUCCUCAGCGCCGGGAUCUUCAUCACCAUGCUGCGCGCCUGUGCAGUGCGCAGCUUGGCGGCGUGUCCGCCUUCGCUCCGCGGCCGCCUCAUUCUGCCGCAGCUGAUUCAACUGAUGCGCGUCGACGUCGGCCGCGUCGUCGAGGCUCUCCUCCUCCAUCAGGCCACCUGCGCGCAGGAGGAGAGCGAGGCAGCCGCCCUGCCUGAGAUGUUCCAAGCUGCCACGGAGGCCGCGCCGGACCCGUCCGAUCGGCUGGCGCGCAAGUGCUCCCGCCUGCAGGCGGCGCUUCUCCUCGCUCUCCCGCCGGAGCGGCGCGAAGUCCUGCGCCGCCAGUACGCCUUUUGGGACGCACUCGCCGCGCUGAGCGGAAAGGCGAGGAAAGUCCUGCCUGCCAACGAACGCGGAGCCUUUCUCCAAAGCGAAAUCGCGCGCCUAGUUAGUCAAGUCGAUCUGCGCGACAUGACGAUGCCACUUGACCCCUCGCGGCUGCUCACGCGCGUCCUCAGCGACUCCGUCACGCCGCUGCAGUCUGCUGCCAAGGUGCCCUACGCGCUCACGUUCGAGACGCGGUCGGCGGCUGCAGCCGGUGUGUCCUCUCCACGCGGUCGCGAAGAAGAGACAGGCGAGGUGAGCGAGGUCCUCUCGAUGGUGACUUGCAUUUUCAAGAUGCACGACGACGUCCGCCAAGACCAGCUCGCCCUUCAGAUUAUUCAGCUCGCUGCCUCGGCCUUCCACCGCGUCGGUGUCGACGUCUGGCUGCGCCCGUACAAAGUCGUCUCGAUGCGCGUCGCCUCGCCGCCGCUGGCGGCUGGAGCUCCUGCCUGCCCUCCGGCGGCGGCGGCGCCCCAGAGUCCGCCUCCCCCGGACGACCCGCCUGCUUCUCCGCCUGCCUCCGCACCGCGGCUCUCAGGCCUCGCCUCCCUCUUCGCAGCCACUGCGCCUCCCCCGCAGAGGACGGUCUGCUCAUCCUCCGCGUCAUCAGCCUGUUCGUUGUACUCGUCGUCGUCGAUCUGCUCCUCGCUGCCGCUGGCUCUCGCGGCUUCCCCCCAGGGCAUGCGCCCCUCUCCCCACCCCCGCGCGGCGGGCGCCAUGGGCGCCGACGGCGAGGACGCCCCAGAGACGCCGGCGGCCCGUGAGGGGCUCCGGGCGUCUCUCCUGGCCUCGCGCGCUGCGGAGGCGGAGCUUGGUGACAGUCUGCACGCUGCGAACAAGGAGCGAAGCCGCGUCCCUCAGCUCGCGUCGCGGCUCGCGGCUGCCGGCGCCGCAAAACCCGCUGGGGGAUCUGCUGCGUGUGGCGAAGUGAAAAGGGAGAAAACCAGACGACCGGAUUCUGUCGCGACCGCAGAGGCGCCCAUCUCGGCUCUGGGCGGUCUGAUCGAGUUGAUUCCAAACACCAUCUCGAGACACCAUGUCGGGAAGAAAUUGAACUGCUCUUUGCCAGAAUUCUUCGCCGUAACGUUCAACGCAGUUGCGGCGGAAAACGCGAAGGCCGAGCCGCAUCGCGUUUUCAGCCGCCAUGCGGAGCGCGAAGGAAAGCGAAACGACAAAGACGCAACGCGGACUCUAUGCGGCGCACAGCGCGGCCGCGCCGAAGGGGAGGUUCGCGGGAGAUCCUCUCGCGCGCUGAACUCAGUCGCCGCGAUCGAAGAAGGGAGCGAACAGGAGCGAGACGGGCGCGAGGAGAUCCCUGCAAAAAGGAGCUCGCUGUCGCCUGCCAAGUGCGCCGACACUCGCGCGCAGGGAUGCCAGCGGAAGUUUGAGUCCGGCGCUCCGCGGGCGGAAGCGGCCGACCUGCAGGCCGCUGGAAAGAGAAAACUUUUUUUUCCCUCCAUUUUCGUCUCCUCGUCGCCGGCGUCGUCGGCGUCCUCGGAGGCAGGGAGAGGCGCAGGCGCCGAGCGGAGGCCGGUAUCAGAGAGCAAAGCAAACGCCGAGAGACGACGCGGAAAGGGCUCAGAAGGAGGAGCCGUCGCCGAGCGCCGCGAAGGUCGGCGCCCUUCGGCAUCGAUCGACGAGAGCGCCGAACCUGCGUCGCGGCUGCACGCCCCGGAAGAGUUGGCGCCACAGAGUGUGUGGGGACGCGGAGAGACGGGUCCGGAGCCAGGACGUGGGAGAGCAGGCAGUUCGAGACUGCCUGCGUCGGCAACUUCCUCGCAGCCUCGCAGCGUGCAGAGACGCCUCGGCUCGCGAGACAGGACAAGGGCUGACUCGGGCGCGCGCGUCGAAAAGGAACGAGACGCCGCGGGGCUCCUGCGGGGGAACGCCGAGCGGGAAGAGGAAGACAGCUUGCUGACGCUUUCGCUACUUCGCGCCCGCCAGCCCGAAGAAAAACGGAGUCUGCUCUACGACUUAGCCGUCCAGAACUUCAUCAAAAGUCUCGCAGGCUACGCCGUGCUCUCCUAUAUUCUCCAAAUCAAAGAUCGCCACAACGGCAACCUGUUGAUUUCGAAGCAGUCGGGCCGAGUGAUUCACAUCGACUUUGGUUUUGUCUUCGACAUCUCUCCGGGGCACGACCUGCAAUUCGAGAAAGCGCCUUUCAAGCUCACCACGGAGAUGGUGCAGCUGAUGGGAGGGCACAGUCGCACGGAGGCGUUCAGAUUCUUUACCGAUCUCUGCGUCCAGGGGUACCUUGCUCUACGAGAGCAAGCAGAUUCUAUCGUCACCUUGGUGCAGGCAAUGCUGCAUUCGGGUCUGCCCUGUUUCAAACGCCAGUCCCUCGAAAAUCUCAAAUGGCGGUUCCAACUGGAAGCAAGCCCAGAGCAGGCGGCGGCCUUCAUGGAGGCUCGCGUCAUGGACGCCUACGACAAUUUCACCACAAAGGCUUACGACGUCGUGCAGCAUCUCCAGCAGGGCAUCGAUUAUUAG